AUGAAUAGUAAGAAUACAUGUCUGUGCGUCGACAAACUUAACCAGUUACAUAAUACAAUCCACACAGAACUCGUCGAUUGCAAAGAUAAGGUCUGGAAUUUUAAAAUUGCAAGUUUAACUAAGGAAAGAGAUUCCUUAUUACUCAGAAACGAGGAUUUGAGGUCAAAAUUGACCGAUUUGCAGUCUAAAAUAGCUUCGGACCCUUUUAUGGCCCGAAGAUACCAAGAACUUUGUAAUAUUAAACCCUCAGAAAAUUUGGAAAAUACUGAUAUUUCUCAAGUGUACAAACAGCUCUACACAUAUCAAGAUUUAAAUAACGAGCUAAAGGACCGUCUGUCUCUGGAGCAGAUGAAUUCCAUGUCCUGGAAGCACAAGUUUUACGAUUUAGAGAACAAAAUUUCAUCCCAAAUUUCGGAACUAUUGCAACUUACCCAAUCUGGAAAUUGUGUUGAAAGCACAGAUUACGCCAAAUUUAAAACUGAACAUUAUUCUAAAGUAGCUAAAGAAGCUUUAGAAUUACUAAAGCAAGCUAAAAAUAGGAUUGAAGGAGAUCGUUACAGUAAUUUUUUACACAGUUAUAUAAUUUAA